GUAUCUGAAACUAAAGCACCAAUUUUUUUUUUUUAUAUUUGUGCUUAUUAAUUUGUUAUAUUGAUUCAUAAAAAGUACCAAUCUAGUCGGAAAUUUAUCAACAAAAAUACAAUAAGAAAAUUGUAAAAUAAUUUUUCAGUAAUCAUAUGAUGUCAAUUAAUACAAGAACAAUUAGAACCCACUUCAUGGGGUCACUCCAAAAAAAAAAAAAAAUCCAUUUCAUGUGGUAUGGUAGAGGACCAAUACGAACAAAAGCCCCAAAAAAUAUAUGACACGAAAAUAACGAAGAAGAAAAAAUACACAGAAAAUUACAAAAAUCUUAUCCAAACUGCUAGGUGCUAAGUUUGAUCAGCCAGUGUGGAUGUGGAUGCCAAAAGCCAAUAUGAGGAUGGUGAAAAUGACAAAGAAAAUGAGUGUGUGGACAAGAAUGGCCUUGCCAUUUGUGGUGAAGCUCCCAAACUCAACAUGGCGGGUGUUUCCUGGUAUUUGAAACAGAAGACCAGGAGACAGCAGUAUGAACAACAUCAACCCAAGUAGAACGGGUGCCCAGUCCACCAUUUUCUUCUCUGCUUUCUUUCUAUAAUUGAUAUAUAUUUUUGUAAUUCAACAAUGAACAAUCCAACCCACAAGCCACAAACAGGUCCAACAUGAAAGGUUGCACCAUAUAGUGUAGCAUCCAAACUCCAAAGCCCCCAAGGAUAAUAAAUUGGUGUUUGAUUAAAGGCGACGAUGGCUAGUCAAGGCGGUUCUUCUAGAAGAAGUCUGUCAUUGACGAACACAUCGUUGCAGGACAAGAAGAAAUCCUCUGACGUUAGUAACGGAGGCCCUGAAUCAGCCCGUAAAUCUUUUUCGGCUUCUCGUUCCAUCGGGCUAACUGGAGAGCGUACGGUAAAACGCCUGAGGCUAUCAAAGGCUCUGACAGUACCUGAAAAUACCAGUAUUCAAGAAGCGUGUCGUCGAAUGGCUGCUCGUAGAGUUGAUGCUUUGUUGUUAACUGACUCUAAUGCAUUGCUCUGUGGAAUACUUACGGACAAGGAUAUAGCAACAAGAGUAAUUUCUCGUGAGCUUAAUCUCGAGGAUACGCUUGUUUCUAAAGUUAUGACAAGGAACCCGAUAUUUGUUCUUUCUGACACUCUCGCUGUUGAAGCCCUUCAAAAAAUGGUGCAAGGAAAAUUCAGACAUUUGCCUGUUGUUGAGAAUGGAGAGGUCAUUGCUUUACUUGAUAUAGCAAAGUGCUUAUAUGAUGCUAUUGCUCGAAUGGAAAGGGCAGCUGAAAAGGGAAAGGCUAUUGCUGCUGCUGUGGAAGGUGUUGAAAAACAUUGGGGCACAUCUACUUCUGGUUCCAAUACAUUCGUUGAGACACUUCGGGAGCGGUUGUUUAGGCCAUCCUUGUCUACAAUUAUUCCGGAAAGUUCAAAGGUUUUAACAGUUUCACCAACAGAUACUGUUUUGAUGACAACAAAGAAGAUGCAGGAGAUGCGAGUGAGCUCUGCUGUUGUGACAGUUGAUAACAAGCCACGAGGAAUUCUUACUUCAAAAGAUAUCUUGAUGCGGGUAAUAGCACAAAAUCUUUCUCCGAAGGCCACUCUUGUAGAGAAGGUCAUGACUCAAAAUCCAGAAUGUGCCACAGUUGAUACACCAAUUGUUGAUGCGCUGCAUACAAUGCAUGACGGAAAAUUUUUGCACCUUCCUGUAGUAGACAGAGAUGGAACUGUUGUUGCUGUUGUUGAUGUAAUUCAUAUCACUCAUGCUGCUGUAGCUACUGUUGGAAAUACUGCUGGAGUCAGCAAUGAGGCCGCAAACUCUUUGAUGCAAAAGUUUUGGGAUUCUGCCAUGGCCUUAGGUCCACAUGAGGAAGAUGAGGAUUCUCGAAGUGAAGGGUCAUUGAAGUUGGCUUCUGACGGAGCAGAGACAGGGAGAUCACUUCCCUUUCCAUCGUCAAAUUUUCCUAAUACGUUUGCUUUCAAACUUCAAGAUAAGAGGGGUCGAAUGCAUAGAUUUACUUGCAAUAUUCAGAGUUUGACAGAUCUUAUAACCUCCAUUGUUCAGAGAAUGGGAGAUGACAUUGACCGCAACAACCUUCCUCAAAUUUUGUAUGAAGACGAAGACCGUGAUAAAGUUAUUUUGGCAUCAGAUAAUGAUCUUGUAGCAGCUGUGGAACAUGCAAAACAAGUUGGUUGGAAGGGUUUGAGACUGCAUUUGGAUUAUUCAGGAACACGCGGUCGCCGAAGGGGUUCAGCAGGAGGAAGUAUGGAUUAUGCUUAUGCAGAUUCUGCAUGGUCAUCAGCAUACAGUACCGUUGCAGCUGGGGCUGCUCUUGUUGCCGGAUUAGGCGUUUUAGCGUACUUGAAGAGAUCCGGCAACUGAUACUAUUUCUGUUUGAAGAAGCCUAGAGCGAUUUUCCAAGAGCUCAAUGGAAUUGGCUGGGAGGGCAUAACUUGUGCUUCAUACGUCCUUUUAUAGAAACUAUACCACAUACACAAGUGAAAUUCAAUUCUUCGUUUUCUAAUUAUUGCUGAAUUACAUGCUUGAUUGUUUCUCUGAUGCGUACUCACGCAACUUCAUGAACUUGUGUAAAAAUUAAACGCUGCCACCUGAAAUGCACAAGUUCUUGAAUUCGGAGGAUUUGGAUUGAUUUUGUUGUAU